UAUCUUCUGCAGUCUUCCGCAUUGAUGAGUAUCUUUGGAACUGCACAGGUGGAAUAACAGUGAGCGGAAAGGAAAUUCAGAAUGAUAAUAUUGUGAUUUGGAUACUUCAUUGUACAGUAACUUGCUUUUUUGGUGUAAAGGAAGAAAGCCAACUCUAAAUGUCUUUUGGAAGACUGAAGAAUCGUCUGCUGGGGUUUCUUCCAGGCAGAAGACGAUAUGAAGAUGAGUGGCGUACUGUUUAUGUUUUAAACAAGUAUCCUUCUGAUGAACCUGAUGUCGAAGUGAAGCAGAAGAGAUAUGCCAAUAAUGUGAUUGUUACUUCAAAGUAUACAAUAUGGAAUUUUCUGCCAAAGAAUUUGUUUGAACAGUUCCGUAGAAUUGCAAACUUUUAUUUCCUGUGCAUCGGUGUGAUACAGUUGUUAAUUGACAGCCCUGUUAGUCCAGUGACAAGCAUUCUUCCUCUAGUUUUUGUAAUAACAGUCACAGCCAUUAAACAGGGUUAUGAAGACUGGCUUCGUCAUAAGGCAGAUAGAGAGGUCAAUAACAGGCCAACCAAUGUGAUCAGGGAGGGAACAGUGCGGGAUAUUCCAUCCAAGAAUGUCAAGGUUGGGGAUAUUGUUCAGGUAUUAGAUGAUGAAGAGAUUCCUUGUGAUCUUGUUGUGAUGUCCUGUGAUGAUGCAGAAGGAACAUGUUACAUUACAACUGCUAAUUUGGAUGGUGAAACAAACUUAAAGGUGCGUAAUGCGCUGUCUGAUACGGCAGGCUUACAAUCCGCUGAACAGCUCUCACAUUUGACUGCACGUGUGGAGUGUCAGCAUCCCCAGGAAGAUCUCUACAGUUUCUCAGGUAGAAUGAUCAUAACUCCUAGAGGAGGAGGAGAGCCUGUUGUUAAGGCUUUAGGUCCACAAAAUCUGCUUUUGAGAGGAGCACGGCUAAAAAAUUCAACAUACACUUUUGGUGUUGCUGUUUACACUGGCAGAGAAACCAAGAUGGCUUUGAAUCAACAACAAGGAGCUCACAAGUUUUCAACUGUUGAGAAGACAAUGAAUGUGUUUUUGAUAGUGUUUUUGGUGGUGUUACUGUGUCAAGGAGCACUGUGUGCAGGUCUGAUGUUCUGGAAACAAAACUCAAGAUCAGGGACUCCUUCCUAUGUUUAUUUGGAAAAACCAAAAGUCACAUUCACAGGUUCUAAUGGUGUGCUCGACACAUUUCUUGUGUUCCUAAUUCUUUUCAAUUAUGUCAUUCCUAUAUCAUUGUAUGUUACAGUAGAGCUUCAAAAAUUCAUUGGUGCUUUAUUUUUUGCUUGGGACGUAAAAAUGUACAUGGAGGAAACGGAUGAGCGUGCCAUUGCCAAUACAUCGGAUCUCAAUGAAGAAUUGGGACAGAUUGAGUAUGUGUUCACAGACAAGACAGGGACACUGACAGAAAAUGACAUGCAGUUCAGGGAAUGUUCCAUAAACGGCUUGAAAUAUGUGGAGUUGAACAGUCAAUUGUUUGUGGCAGAUCAGACUGAUGGUCCCUGUGUUUCUAUUCACACUGUAAAUUCAGAGGUCAUGCAGUUUUUCUUGACGCUUUCUCUGUGCCACACUGUGCAAGCUUCAAAAGAGACUGGUCACAAUUCUAUCUAUGAUUAUCACUAUCAGGCGUCGUCUCCAGACGAGAAAGCUCUUGUGGAGGCAGCCGUUAGAUUUGGUGUCACAUACCAGGGAAAAGUUGGUGAUGAUAUUGAAGUCCGAGUUGAUGGUUUAGUUGAGAGGUACACUCUUCUCCAUGUUCUUGAAUUUGAUUCAACCAGAAAGAGGAUGAGUGUGAUUGUUAAGUCACCGAAAGAUGAAUAUGUGAUGUUAGUGAAAGGAGCAGAGACAGCUGUGUUGGAUCAACUGGCCUCUGGUCCAAGAGAUAUUACUCUUGAUCAUGUCAAUGAGUAUGCAGUGAAAGGACUCAGGACUCUAGCUGUUGCUCGUAGAGUACUUUCAGAAGAUGAAUAUGUUAUAAUGGAUAGAAAGCUUAACCAGGCCAAGCAAGCUAUUAAUGACAGAGAAGAACAGCUAGCCCGUGUUUAUGAGGAGGUGGAAAGAGAUUUGCAUGUCCUUGGAGCAACAGCUGUGGAAGAUAGAUUGCAAGAUGGAGUUCCCGACACAAUAGCGGCCUUGCGAGACGCUGGUAUCAAGGUGUGGGUUCUCACAGGAGACAAGGAAGAAACAGCAGUCAACAUCAGUCACUCAUGUGGACAUUUCAAGACGGGAAUGGAAAUUAUGUUUGUGACAAAGAAACAGUCAGAGAGAGAAUGUGAGGAGGAGCUUGUCAAAUGUCGUGACAGGCUGUUCCAAAGUCCUCCGACACAAAAGACGCCUUAUGGCGUAGUCAUUGAUGGAAUUAGUUUAGCUCAUGUUUUCAAAGCUUAUACAGAUCUGUUUGUAGAUAUCUGUCGCGAAUGUGUUGCAGUAUUAUGCUGUAGAAUGUCGCCAUUACAGAAAGCUCAGAUUGUACAAUUAAUGAAGUGUUCCCGUGAGAAGCCAGUCACGCUUGCUAUAGGUGAUGGUGCUAAUGACUGUGGCAUGAUUCAGGAGGCUCAUGUCGGUAUCGGCGUCAUGGGAAAAGAAGGUCGGCAGGCGGUCAGAACCAGUGAUUAUGCUGUAGCCAGGUUCAAGUUUCUCUUAAGGGUGCUUCUUGUACAUGGUCACUGGUAUUACGUUCGAGCCGCUAUUCUGGUUCAGUACUUCUUUUACAAGAAUGUGUGUUUUAUCACACCGCAGUUUUUUUACGCGUUUUUCACCGCUUUCUCCGGGCAGCCUUUGUACCACGCAUUUUUUUUAACAGCUUACAACAUUUUCUUCACAUCUUUACCGAUUCUCGUGUAUGGUAUUUUUGAGCAACAUGUCAACAGUGAUGCCUUACAAAGUCAACCUCGUCUAUACAGGGACAUUAGAAAGAAUUAUCGUUUAUCAUGGACAGAGUUCUUCUUUUGGGUAUUUUCCGGAUAUUGGCACGCGUUAGUGUUCUUCUUUGGAUCAUAUUUCUUUUUUCAAGGUGACACAUUAGGACCGGCCAUGUGGCAAUAUGGAAACUGGUCGUUUGGAACCUUUGUGUUUACAGUGUGCGUCAUUGUUAGUAAUUUAAAGCUGGCGUUAGUCACGCAUUACUGGACAUGGAUGAGUCAUGUUUCUACAUGGGGUUCGAUCGUUCUCUUUUUCCUCUCUACUAUCACAUUCAAUAGCGAGACUUGGAAGAGUAUCCAGUUAACCUUCAGUGACGUCAUAUCACUAGACAUGUACAAGUUGUUCUUUACACUUUUCUCUCAAGGCGUGGUGUGGUUGGCACUCGUGUUGCUGAUUCUUAUGGCGCUGUUACCUGAUAUUGUCUUCAUGUUGAUUGGUCGCCAUUUCCAUCCUUCAGAGACACAAAAAGUGCAGGUGAGAGUGAAACAUUCGCAGAUGACAUGGUUGUAAUAAUGGCUCAUUUAAGCUGCUUCUCUUCACCUGAUGCACUGUGGAUAUUCCUUACUUCUGCUAAGGCUUCAAACCAAGCUGUAUACACAUGUGUACCUCACUUGUGCCCAGGUCUUCUCACUCUUAACUCACACGUGUUGCCUUUUCGCACCUGAAAUUUAAAUUGUUUGUAAAUUUUCAGAAUGGUUACGUAUGUUUCGCUCUGUGUUCUCGGCAAUAUCGUAAAGCAGUUAGAAGCUUUCACUCUUUCACUUGAAAGCGACUGAUACCUGACGUGUGCUAUAAAUGAGUAAAUCCGGGGGUACCCCGGGUCUAUAACAGGUUAGCUUGCCUCAUAUUGAUGGUAUAUAUCGUUCUGGUGAUAGGUCAACUUUCUUUGUGUUCUUCUGUAAAAGUCCUGUUAGUGUUUUACUCAAGUGUACAACAAAAACCAGUUUAAUAAGACAGUUUAAAUCCCUGUAAAACAAGAGAAUGCGAUUUUUGUCUCUUGUCGUAAACAGAGUCUUAAAAUAAAAAUGAUAAAAAUAAGUAUUGUCCUAAACAAGGUAGACUUCUUGGGGUAUUUUUGUAACAAGCAGGGUCACGACUUCAAAUCCUGGGUGGUACCCUAUACACAAACAUGGGUCAAGUACCGUCCUCCUAAGUAAAUACAAAUUUAUUCAGAAAGUACGUUUUGUUGUAAUUAUAAAUCAGGUUAAAGAGAUUAAACAAUGUAGGCCGAGCAUGAAAACCAGCAUUCGAAGAAAACUUUUCUUUUAUUAUUUAUUCAAAUCGAAAUCAAAAAAGGCUAAUUGAGGCGGGCAGUGUAAUAAAAAAUACAUUUAAGUCACAAUUAACAAACACGUAAGCAAGUAAAAUGUAUGAACAAUAAAUCCAGUGGAACCUCCACAAUCGGCCAGCUCUUUACAACCACCACUUGGACGGUCCAUACAGUGACUUUUAUUUUAACCUCUCUACAAUGGCUACCUAUCCAUAUGGGCAACAGCCACUAAAACCCGUCCCAACUACCAAAAGUAACUCUCGACAAUGGCCAGUUUAUCAACGACUGACGAACUGUGUAAAACCACAUUGUUUUACUGUAGCGGGCCACGAAUCUUGAUCCAUACCCCAGGUCGCCGAUCUCUCUUUCUGUAAGUUACUGUUUUGUUGAUACAUUUUGAUCAAGUAUUUUUUAAAGAUAAAAAUGUUACACCCCUACCUCCCCAUAACGACCACCUAUCUAUAACGGCGUCUUCCCUCUGUUCCAAGUGCUCGUUGUGAAGACGUUCGAUUGUAACUGUUAUGUAGCUUAAAUUAGUUAUCACUUUAAUCACUUUAGCUGAACGUAACACACGUUUACGUCAUAUUGCUAAUCUUAAGCUUCUUAUCAGAUAUGCUCUCCCGAAGAGUGAGAUAUGGGUGAGAGUUUUGUAAUUGUUUCCUCUCAUCUCAUGUUUUGUUCUUGAGAUGUCUGUAAAUAAUGAAAACACAUGAGAUUUACUGAGAUAAGUGAGCUGUGAGAGGGUUUCGUCCACUUAUGAAGUAGAGGGGAACAGGGAAAUGAAUUAACGGAAAGGCAAAUUUAGGUUAGGUUACUGGAAAUAUUUUUUGCUUUUGUUGGAACGCUGUGUUUCACUGACUGUUAUUGUAAGCCAUUUGGGAAAUUUUAGGACUCGAGAAAAUAGUAUAAAUAUUCAGCAAUACACUAACAAAGCUGUCAUUAUAAAAAGUAUCAUUACCAUUAAUUACCAAGAAGGGACACUUUGAGAAUGUUCCGAGGUUAGCAAGGUUUUCUUAUUUGCAUUUCAGUUUUGAAACAGAUCCUUCUUCUAUUUCUCCUCCAUCUUCAGUCUCCAGCUUCUGCUCCUGUUCCCCCUUUUACUCUUAAUCCUUCGGUUUCCCGUUCUCUCCUCCUCUUUCUCCCCCUCCCCCUCCUCCUACUCCCCCUCCUUCUUUCCCCGGCUUCUAGACAAGACGUCGUCAACACAUCAAUAGUGAAAGAAAAGACCAGAGCUUUCUUGUAAACCGUUCACUGUGAACAUAACACCUUCCAUUUUUCUUGAACUUUCUGGUGUGCCACGAGAAUCCUGAGCUGAAACUGAAACGGAUGAGUAUUGUAUUUUCGCAUGCUAGUUGUGAUAAUAUUUUAUCACGACUCUAUCUUCUUCUACUAGCUGCGAGUUUUCGGUGCAAAACGACACAUUUGUGCAAUCUAAUAAGGAAAACUGGGUUAUUAUUAUUCUGCUGGGCGUUCAUGUUUGCAGUGUCUCGGAAACAAAAUAGCCAAAAGUAGAAUUUAAUUAACACAAUAAUUUAAUACUCGUGUGAAUUCUCCAGUCAAAAAUGUUUCCUCAACAAUCUCUAGAAUGAGAGUUAUUGUUUGAAAGGGGCGAAGCUCACUUUCUUUUUGCGUCUUUUUGUGUAUUAAUUGUAAAUAAAGAUGACAUUUUGAUCUGGACUUGUUGAAUGAAUUCAUUGUUCAGUAUGAAGCAACCAAAUGUAAGAAAUAAGACUAAAAACUCAUUCACAGAUACCCGAGGUGUACUGAAGAUUAAGAACCGAACUGAAGCUCUAACACUGUGGAAACGUGUGCAUCUGACACUGCCAGAUUAUAAUAUAAAUGAGACCAGUGAAAGCGGAAAUUUGUCUAUCGGAAACUGUUAUAGUAUGCUUUAUAACGUUUCAAGUUAACUGCUGUUUGCCAAAGAAGUAGAAAUGCAGCAAGAAUUCAUAUUGAACGUAACGUUUGAUGCACCUAAAGAGCUUCCGUGUGACUAAAUGUA